CGCAACCAUAACACGAAGCUCGCAACAGCCAAAAUGAGUGGAGGCUGGAACACCAUCGAGUCGGAUGCGGGUGUCUUCACCUUCCUGCUCGAUAACCUAGGCGUCAAAGAUGUGCAAUUCGAAGAGUUGAUUGCCCUUGAUGCCGAAUACCUCCGCCAACUAAGUCCCGUCUACGGCGUCAUAUUCCUCUUCAAAUACCCUACCAGCGAGAAGCCCAACUCAGACGGCACACCGAAAGACGGCCAAUACGACUACGCCGCCGCGGAUAACCUUUUCUUCGCCGCGCAAACAAUACAGAAUGCCUGCGGUACUCAGGCUCUUCUAUCGGUGCUACUGAACAAGGACGGCGAGAUCGAUGUCGGGACCCAAUUGCGAGAUUUCAAGGAAUUUACUGCAGGAUUCCCGGCUGAGUUUCGUGGCGAAGCGCUCAGUAAUAGCGAGUUGAUUAGGGAUGUGCAUAACAGCUUUGCAAAGAGCAGCCCGUUUGUUGACGAGACGCAACGGACGGCUACUGACGACGACGAUGUGUAUCACUUCAUUGCCUAUACCCCGAUCAACGGCAUUCUUUACGAAUUAGAUGGACUGCAACCGGCGCCGAUUGCACAUGGUGCGAGUACGUCUGAGGAAUUUCCCGAGAAGGUUAUUCCGGUUCUGCAAAGGAGGAUAGAGAGAUACCCUGCAAAUGAGAUCCGAUUUAAUUUGUUGGCGAUGGUGAGAGAUCUGAGAGUCGGGGCGAGAGAGAUUGGUGACCAUGAGAUGCUGUUUAGGGAGGAACAGAAGAGAGACGGGUGGCAAUUUGAGAAUGCCUUGAGGAGGCAUAACUUCGUGGGAUUUGCCGGCGAGGUGUUGAAGGGUGUUAUUGCGGAGAAGCUGGAAGAGGGGCCGGAGGCUUAUAAGGCGUGGAUCGAGGAAGCUAAGAAGAAAACUAGAUCGCGGGCUGAGGAGCACAAGAAGAAGCAAGGAGGAGACGGGGACGUGGAAAUGGCGACUUGAUUUCACAGGACGGCUACAUCCUUACGGGACGAGGCUGAUGUUCCUUGCGCUUUGGGACAAUGUCAUAUCAUGGAGUUGUUUUCUAGAUCUGCAUUUUGGAGGCGUCGAAUGAAUUUCAUGACGGAUGAUACAGCACGAGUUCAUUAGAGACUUUCAGAUACCAAAGAGCGCAAUUCACAAGGAUAUGUUUCACGAACCAACGGUAAUGGUCCGAGCUGCUCUCAUACUGGAACAAGAUCUGCACUUCCGAAUUACUCGCGAAUAAUGCAUAAGUUUCAAUAGUGUUCGGUUCUUGACAGCUAUUGGAACUUAUCCUUUUCUUAACAGCUAUCUUAAUGACCUAAGACCAAGGUCAUUCAAAUCUCCC